AAAAGUCAGCCUUGUCUAUUCCAAUACCCCAGAAUGAUGUGAUUUGCCUUGUUGAUAUGUGGUUCUUAAGAACUGACGUUCGUCUUUCAUCGAUUCUCACGUUUCUCGAUCUACCACAAUCAUUACAAGUUUCAUCGACGCAAUGACUAGCACAUCAGAGGUUGACCCCCCUGCAUACCCGCAGCAGGGGCUCGAGUCCUCGUUAUCAUAUGAUUCAUCCACCAGAAAACUGUUACGCCUGGAUGGCCAGACGCAUCUACCGUCUCAGCCAUGGAUGUCUUUGAAUAGCGAUGAGCUGACGGUUCAGCUCCGGAAGGCGCAUCAGGUCUCAACCAUCGAAGUCCUACGUCGAUUAAUAACCGUGGAUUCUUUCACAGAAGACUCGAUAGCUAGUCCGCUCCCGCCGCUGCAUGUGCUCACUACCAUCAACGAAUACGCUCUGAAGACAGCUACACACCCCGACCUUCAUCUGACCCGCACUACCACAACCCCAGUCCAGUUGUACAUCCAACCUCUGCCCAUCUACUUUUUAUCCACGGCAUUCUGGGACUGGCUCAAGUGCAACUCCGGUCCAGAGUCGAACCACGAUCUCUACAUCAGCGCCUGUGGUUUCAUGCGGACAUACGCAGCACUCAUCCGCUCCGAGACGGACUUCAACAUCGCGGUUAGCCAAGAAGCCGGUCUGAUCCCCGCGCAGAACAGCGAGGGCCGCGCCGUAACGUUUGAGAGUUUUGUCGGGUUCCUGAAGGAUGCCGGCUUUGACCAGAUGCAGAACAGCGACGUCAGCCCGCGCUGGCGACACGGAAUACUCACCAUCGGAAACCCUUCCAAGAUCCAGGAACUCUACACCUAUGGGUGCGUCGUGGCGGACCCAAGAAUCGUCUUCUGGAUCAGGCUGGUGCAGUUUGGGCUGUGUGCCGGCUGGAUCGUGAGCCAGUGUUUUAUCUAUCGGUCCUUGAAGAAAGACGACGUUGGUGGCGGUGCUGCGAGGUUCUUCAUCAGUUUUGCAGUGUUGCUGUUCUCGCUGUUCGUUGCCAGCAUUGUCAAGGCCCAGGCGAGGAAGUCUGCACGCACACGGGUCGGCGAGCAGACUCAGGAUGGCAAGAAGCAGGUGAAAGACGCCGAUGUCGAGAAAGGGUUGAGCCAGGGGGUAUAGAGCUGAAGUACACCAAAUUCUCCACCUCUUGAACCUAAGAGCAUUGUAUACCUCGAUACGUCGCGGCUCAUCUCAUAUCAUUUGUAAUACCAUGAAAUUAUUGGCUAAGGAAACAAGGCGAAGUAAUUGGCGUUGUGGCAUAUUGAAGGAGUAUUAAACAUGAAGAUCCAGAUGUUAUGGUAGGAAAUAUUGAUAUCUGGAAGACCAGAGUU